AUGGGGUGCAGGUGCUGUAAAAUGGUACAAAGCUAUCUCUUCGACCCUGUGCAAGUGCCCUCUCCUGGCUACGUCAAUGAAGUAAACAGCUGCAAGUUAGAUGAAGAAGACACUGCUAAGUUAAAAGACAAGCAGAGCAGCGAAGGCCUGGUGCAUAAAAAUUAUCUUCUCAAUGAGGGUUUGAAGAGAACUGAGAGCCGAAGCAGAACCGCGAACCCUCAGGGGGACCCAGGAGGGAACCUCUGUGCAGAGAAGACUGAUGGUGCUGUCAAUGGUGUGGGCCCCGCUGCCACACUGCAGCCCCCUGGGAAUCCCAGGCCCCAGCACGGUAGCAGGGGCUCCUUAGCCGGUACUUCAAAUGAUGUUCAUCCACCUCUUCUCCUCCUUGAAGGAGGGGAUGCCAGGAAACAGGAUUGUGUGCUGGCUGCUUCAGAAAAGACCCAAGUCAUCCAGAAUGGAGACUCUGGAGCCCCUUCCAAGACAGACAGUCUCAACGUGGAUGUACAAGAUAGUAUCUCACAGAUACCAGCCCCAGAUUACCCUCAGCUUUGGGACUCCGCAGUAGACAAUGGUGAUCAUGAAGAAAAGGAUUAUCUUUUCCGAACCCUUACUGAGGGUGAACACCAGGAAAGAAUUUUCCCUCAGGUCUUGAAUACACCCUAUAAGAAGAGGAGCUGGGAUUCAUUAAACGAGGGUGUGGCGACAGAUGUUCUAAGUGUCUACUUUGACGAGAAGGAUGCUGCUCAUUCCGUGCCUGUGGUUGAUACGAGAAAUGGGCAGGAGGAUGUCCAUGGCUCCAGUGCAGACUGGAACAGAGAGAUGGGGGAUGAGGACGCAGCAGUGGCAGAAGCCCUUGCAGCUUUAGAAGCUGCUACUGCUGGUGAAGACAUCGAUGAGGGGUACUAG